AUGGAAGAAAUAUUACUUUUCAUUUUAUUUGCUUUAACUACAGGCUCUUUUAUGUAUAUGUUAGUAUGUACAGAUUCAAAUUCUAAAAGUCCUAUGGGUAUGAUUAGAAGGAAAAUAUAUUCAAAUGGUCCAUCAAUUUUAAAGUAUAUUUUAAAUUAUUGAUUAGAUAAUUAUUGGGAAAUAAAAUAUACAUAAAACUUUAAUAAUUUUACAAUUAUGUUUUUUACACAAAUAAUCGUUUAGGAUAAAUUGCUUAUUUUUUAAUAUUUUGGAUGGCAUUUGGUUUAUAUAGUAAAUUUGGAUUAUUAAAACAUUUUGGAAAUACUCCAUAUGUAAGUCAUGUACAUUCAAUAUGUGGUAGUUUGAUAUUUUUAUUUUGCAAUUACUUUUUUUAUAAAACAUGUACAACUAGUCCAGGAAUAAUAAAUAAAGAAAAUAAUAAUGAAUAUGUGAUGAAAUACUAAUAAUACUAUGAUGAAAUUUAAUAUAAAUAAAAUACAUAAUGUUAAACAUGUAAUAUUAUAAAACCAGCAAGAAGUAAACAUUGUCGUAUUUGUAAUGUUUGUGUUAGUAGAUUUGAUCAUCAUUGUAUUUGGGUAAGAUAAUGUAUUGGAUAGAAUAAUUACAAAUACUUUUUACUAUUUUUAUUUUCUCAUAUAUUUUUAAGUUUUUAUGGAGUAGUUGCAGGGAUACUUUGUUUAUUUGGAAUAGCUUAGAAAUAAUAAUUAUUUAAACUUACAUAUAAAAAUGCUAUAACUGGAGAAAUCCAUAAGGCAACUUUUUUAAGAGUAUUUAGUGUUAUAAGUAAUAGAGAAACAUUUUUUAUGUUCAUUAUAUUUGUAUGUCUUAUAUUUUUUGUCACUUUAACAGCAUUUUUCUUAUAUCAUCUAAAUAUGAUUAGAAAGGAUCUAACAACUAAUGAGAGAAUUAGAAAGAAUGAUUUUGAAAAAUCUUUUCUUAAUGAAAUGUAUGAAUUGUAAGAAUUAGAAAAAAGAAAGAAAGAUGAUGAUUUAAUAAAACGACUAGCUUAAUUAAAACUAUGUUGGAAAUCUUUAAAUAAUAGAAGGUUGUUAGGACUAUUUGAAGGUUUAAGAAUUAUAUUUAGUUAACCUAAAUGA